UAUAUAAUUCAAACCAUUGAACUUUUUAAAGAUAGUUUGAAUAAACUACAUAUAUACAGAAAAUAUUAUUUUAAAAAGGAAAGUAAAGAUAUUUCACAUUUAUGUUAAUUAUUUUUUGAGACCAAAAUGUAUAAACAUUAAUUGGUAGUCUAAGAUACAUUGAAUAACAUAGAAACAAAUCUAGGGGUUUUAAAUGACUCAAAAUUGAACGAUAAAGAUGAACCUAAUGGCUAUCACUCUUCUUGUAAAUAAGGACACAUCAUAUAUCCUAAUUGCCUUUAAAUAGAGGAUUAUUUUUACACUCUUCAUCAUUCUCAAAUCAUACACCAUUUUGCAUCUUCAACUAUUUCAUCCUUUUCGUAAAUUUCUUUUAAUACUCCGUUUCUCUCGUACUUACUCGGCUUGUUAAGGUGUGUUGAUUUUAUUUGUUGUUAACUAUUUCAUUUGUUUAUAUAUAGAGGUCGUGUUGAGGCAUAUAUAUGCAUUUUUUUAUGUUCAAAUUGUGAUUUAUUUUGUUUAAAUUGCUUGUUUAAUGUGUUGACACUAUUUUCAAGAUUCCAAUUUGAUUAAGAGUUCUUCUUAGUCCAAUGGUAUCAUCACUAUAUAAUUCAGAUCUGAACAUAUUGUUAUAAAAUUGCAUCUUAUUAUAAAAUUGAAUAAUAAUAUGUUCUUUUUUUCUUUUUUUCGGAUGCUGCAGAUGAAAUCCACAGAACAAUAUAAUUCAGAUGCUGCAGAUGAAACCCACAAAACAUCUGCAGUAUCUCCUCUUAUAAUGGUCUCACCGCUUCGUACCAUUUGCCCGUUUGAUGACUCCAAGGAUUGGUAUGAUGACUGGUAUGAUGAAGAUGCUGGUCUGAACACUGGUUCAAUCAAACGAGAACCAUCCGAUGAUGUUAAUGGUGAAACGGACGACUCAUCAGCAGCCCCUCCUCUAAUGGUCACACCGCUGCAAACAAUCAGACCAUCUGAUGACUCCAACAACAACUGUUAUGAUGUGGGUGCUGGUCCUAGUACUGUUCCAGUAAAGCGAGGGCGUGGCCGACCAAAGGGUUCAAAAAAACCGAAGAAGCCAAAAACAGAUGAUCCCAACAGCAGAAUGGUGGAAUCUUGUUCGAAUUUCGAUUCAAGGAUAACUGAAGUGGAGAGAGAAACCGGGAAUCAAGAGAUAGUUGGUUCGGUUUUGAAGCGGUUUGACGCGGUUAGACGGCGAUUAUGCCAACUAAACCAUCCAAAACACCUCCUAACAACAGCGUCAACUAAUUGCACGAAAUUGGGGGUCCAGACAAACAGGAGGAGGAGAAUUGGUCCAGUUCCUGGAGUACAAGUAGGCGAUAUAUUCUACUACUGGGGUGAAAUGUGCUUAGUCGGUCUUCACAAACAAACGGUUGCCGGAAUUGAUUAUCUGACGGCUGCAGAGAGUGCAGUGGACGGUCAAGCUGCUACAAGUGUGGUAACAGCAGGAAAGUACGAUGAUGAAACCGAGGAGCUUGACACAUUGAUCUAUAGCGGACACGGCAGAAAAGUCAAGUAUGGUCCACCGUGUGAUCAGGUUUUGCAAAGAGGAAACCUUGCUCUAGAAGCAAGUGAAAGAAGAGGGAAUGACGUUAGAGUCGUGAGACGGGAAGUGCAUAACAAUGAGAAGGUAUAUAUCUACGAUGGACUUUACAUGGUAUCAAGGUCCUGGAUUGUGACAGGAAAAUCCGGUUCUCAGGAGUUCAGGUUCAAAUUGGUGAGGAAACCAGACCAACCUCCUGGUUAUGCAAUAUGGAAAUUAGUUGAAAAGUUGAGGAACCAUGAAUCGAUUGAUCCAAGAGAGGGUUUUAUACUUCAAGAUCUUUCUUUUGGAGAAGAGCUUUUACCAGUUCACCUCGUUAAUGAAGUCGAUGAAGACGACAAAACGAUUCCAGAAGAUUUCGAGUACAUUAGAUCUCAGUGUUACUCAGGUAUGAAGCAUGAUCUCCAUGUUGAUGGUCAAGCACUAGGAUGCCAUAAUUGCCAAGGUGAGUCAUGCAGUCAUCAAAACUGCACGUGCAUGGGUAAAAACGGUGGCCAGUUACCAUACCAUAAAAAUAUUUUGGUUUGUCGUAAACCAUUGAUUUACGAGUGCGGUGAAUCUUGUACCUGCCCCAUCGAUUGCCCAAACCGAUUGGUUCAAACCGGUUUGAAACUCCACUUGGAAGUGUUCAAGACAACAAACUGUGGUUGGGGUUUACGUUCUUGGGAUCCAAUCCGAGCCGGAACUUUUAUCUGCGAGUUUGCUGGUGUGAGCAAGGCAAAAGAAGAAGUAGAAGAGGAUGACGAUUACUUGUUCGACACAUCUCGGAUUUAUCAUACCUUCAUAUGGAACUAUGAACCUCAGCUUUUGCGUGAAGAUGCUUCAAAACAGGUCUCUGAAGUUAUCAAUCUUCCGACACAAGUCUUGAUAAGCGCCAAGGAGAAAGGAAAUGUUGGUCGGUUCAUGAACCACAGCUGUUCGCCGAAUGUUUUUUGGCAGCCUAUUGAGUAUGAAAACAACGGUGUUACUUAUGUUCGCAUUGGACUCUUUGCGAUGAAGCAUAUUCCUCCGAUGACAGAGUUAACAUAUGACUAUGGAGUUUCCUUUGUGGAGAAGACUGGAGAAGAUGAAGUAAUUUAUAGAGGAAAGAAGAUUUGUCUAUGUGGUUUAGUCCAAUGUUGUGGCUCUUUUGGUUGAUUUGGACUUUAUAUCAUUUGUGUUUUUUU